ACUACCAGCCAGCAAGAGCUGGGAGCAUGGGCUCCCCGGGGGCUAUGGCUUACUGGGGGCUUCUGGAUUAUAAGACAGAGAAGUAUGUGAUGACCAGAAACUGGCGGGUGGGCGCCCUGCAGAGGCUGCUGCAGCUGGGAGUCGUGGCCUACGUGGUGGGGUGGUCUCUCCUCACCAAAAAAGGCUACCAAGAACGGGACUUGGACCCCCAGAUUUCUGUCAUCACCAAACUCAAGGGAGUUUCUGUGACACAGAUCAGAGAGCUCGGGGACCGGCUGUGGGAUGUGGCUGACUUUGUGAAGCCGCCCCAGGGAGAAAAUGUGUUCUUCUUGGUGACCAAUUUCAUAGUGACACCAGAACAAGUUCAGGGCAGAUGUCCAGAGCACCCCUCUGUUCCACUGGCUAACUGCUGGACUGAUGAUGACUGUCCUGAAGGGGAGAUGGGGACAUACAGCCAUGGCAUCAAGACAGGCCAGUGUGUGGUGUUCAACGGGACCCACAGGACCUGUGAGAUUUGGGGCUGGUGCCCGGUGGAGGGCGACGCUGUGCCCACGAGACCACUGCUGGCCCAGGCAGAGAAUUUCACCCUGUUCAUCAAGAAUACCGUCACCUUCCGCAAGUUUAACUUCUCCAAGUCCAAUGCCCUGGAGACCUGGGACACGGACUAUUUCAAGGACUGUCGCUACCACCCACGCACCAGCCCCUACUGCCCAGUGUUCCGCAUCGGGGACCUGGUGACAGAGGCUGGGGGUGACUUUGAGGACUUGGCAUUGCUGGGUGGAUCCGUGGGCAUCAACAUUUACUGGGACUGCGACCUGGACGCCGGAGGUUCCGACUGCUGGCCUCGCUACUCCUUCCAGCUGCAGCAGCGGAACUACAACUUCAGGACGGCCACUCACUGGGGGGAGGCCCCAGAUGCAGAGGCUCGGAGCCUGCUCAAACUCUACGGGAUCCGCUUUGACAUCCUAGUCACUGGGCAGGCAGGGAAGUUCGGGCUCAUCCCCACAGCCAUCACAGUGGGCACAGGAGCCGCAGGGCUGGGCGCGGUCACCUUCCUCUGUGACAUGCUGCUACUGUACGUUGAUAGGAAAGGCCAUUUUUACUGGAGGACGAAGUACGAGGAGGCAAAGGCACCAAAGAUGACCGCCAACCCAGCGACGUGGACCAAGCCGGCUUUCCCAGCUGCAGCCUGCCCAUGCAGGUGUCUUAGGCAGGGCUCAGUGCCGGCUGCCAGGGCUACCACUGCUGCUGCUGACAACCAGACACAGGCAACGCCAGGGUGGCCCUGUCCCAGCUCUCAUGCCCACCUGUCAGCCCAUUCCUGAGCCAGUAGCUGUUCCCUGCUAAAUGGCAGGGGGAGGGGCCGUGCAGGUCCAGCAGGACUAGGGGGUAGAGGGGUUGGGGACAAGGAGAAUUGCCCUUCAAAUCCUAGCCUGACUGACCUUCUGGGGUCUUGUGCUGCCUGUGGAAACCACAGAAGCAGAGCAGCGGUGGAGACUGGGGACUGAGG